AUGGACUUAACGCGGUCGACAACGGUGCGGCCGGAAACGGAAAUCGAGCGCGAUAAGCGCCCGCGCAUCGAUUGGGUGUUGUAUAGAGACGUCGGAGAGCCGGUCGCUGUCGCAGUCGGAUGGCGCAUAGUCGGCGUCGUCGUCGUCGUCGUCGAAGAGGGCUCCCCAACCGCUGGGGUGCGCCUCGAUGUCUUCUUCGGCGCCUCGGGGAUCCAUAAGCGCUGGAGGACAGGAAGCUUAGUGACGGUAGAAGGCAAGCAGGAGACGUCACGGCCUGUCACCGAUGGGGGAGUCACGGGGGUGAAGCCACCAGACGUUAAGGUGCUCGGGAACCUCCGAUUUUUCGUUCCCGCUUGGAGCUCCGAACGUCUGGUCACGAGACUACAGCUGAUGUAA